AGGGUUGUUGGUCUCGAGUGUUCAAGAUUCCGUUGGCCCGAAAUUGAGUUGUUCAGAAAAAUUCUGUUGCAAUGUGCGGCUUGUUAGCUUGACUUGACAGAAAAGCUGUGAAUCGGAGGGCAUGGGCUCGGAUUCUGAAUCGCGUUGCGAACGCGUCCUGACUGGCGCAUUCACCACGUGUUGUGACGCAUCGUGACGUGAAACUUUUUGCUGUCUGCUCUGAACGGUUCUAGUUGCAAGAUGGUAAAGGAUAAGCCAUUGCCACGAAUGUACGAUGCCGAUGGCUACAAAAAACGUGCCGCCUGCAUUUGCGUUCAAACGCGACCUCAUACUGAGGUUCUGUUGGUGACGUCUUCAAGGAUGCCUGAACAAUGGAUUGUCCCUGGUGGAUCCGUAGAACCAGAGGAAGAUUCCAGUUUAACUGCCAUGCGAGAAGUGGAAGAGGAAGCGGGUGUUCGUGGACAGCUCGACGGUCUAGUCGGCAUAUUUGAGGAUGACAACCGGAAGACCAGAACCUCUGUUUUUGUAUUGAUUGUUACUGAAGAGCUUCCGGAAUGGGAAGACUCUCAGAGAAUAGGUGAGUGGCGGAAACGGAAAUGGUUCAAGCUCGAAGAAGCCGCGGAACUCCUAGCUGCUUACAAGCCAAUAGAACGCAGGUACCUCCAGAUGUACCUGGAACGGAAUCGCGUCCCAGAAUCUCAACCCGUCGCGGACAGGCUCUGUCACAGCGACGUUGACGUCAAUGUCGUCAUGGUGAAGACUGGCAAUGCUGCCGAGAGCAGUGACGAAGAUCAGGCCCCUCACUUCCGCCUCCCCAACGUCCGGCAACACUGACAAUUCUGCAUUGGGGUUCUUUGAAAUUUCGUGCAACCGCCAAGUGCCCAGCUUACGGCUAAGAGUUCAUAUCCAUUUGUUCCUUCUUGCGUGUUCCCCGGCAGACUUUUUCUUCGCUUUGCCCGAGUCCACUGGAAAAUCUGAACUGUUCGAGUCCUGUGCUCAUCUCCUUCACCUUUCGUGUUUUUUUUUUGUGUAUCGGAAACCUUUGAAAGAAUUGUGGGAAAAGGUUUAUUGAGUUGGUGCUGUUCUAGUUCACGUGACCUUACGUUGUACAUUCUCCUAGUGGAUAACCCAACUCAAAAAGUAUGUCCAUUCUUCUUUUCAGCAAAUCGAUGAUGAAGUCAAACGCAGGUUUAUUAGUCGUGAGCAAAGUAGAAUUGAAGGUGUUGUCAUCUGUUUCGUCUCAAUCGCUCGGCAAUGAGUGAAGUAUUGAUUUUGAGAGAAAAUCUGGAACUGAAAAAUUGCUUUAGCUAAGUUUUUUUUUUUGAGAAAGUUGUCGAAUUCACAUGCGCUACGCUAAUGACAAUUGUUUUCUCUAUGGAUGUAUUAAGAAAUAGAAAGUAACUCAGUUGGUAACCUCCAGAAUCACUUUGAAGGAUUGCUCACAUAUCAAACUGUAUUGUGAGCAUGUCAUUCUUAGAUCCUCUGGUUGAUUUUGUAGUGGACCAUCAUCAUUAAUGUAGUUGGUUACUUACUAAAACAGCUGUUUAGCAGUCUUCGUCGUAUGCCUUUGUUUCUGAGAACCGAAGUAGGAUUUUGAUUGAAUGGUUUCCCUUGAAAUACUGUACAUUAUUUGCGGUUGAGUCUUUCGAAAGAAUUGUACUGUACUCUGUCCAUCUUAUGCCUGGUGCUCGCGUGGCUCUUUGCUGUGAGGGGGAACAUGGCGGUCACGGUUUUCUUUGCUUUUCUUUCAAGAAAUACCCGAAAUUUCUCCCACGAAGGUUUCCUCUUUUUGCCCCCCCCCCCCAUGUCCACGAAACCGAGAAAAUGCCCUCUUUUGCCUUUUUUUUUCCUGAUGUCUGGUGAGAUUUGCUCGAGUCUUCCUUUAAUGCAAUGCUCGAUUGAAACGCUGGUUUUCUGCUUCGGUUAAUCGCCAAGUUUUUCUGUUCCGCGAACUCUGCUUGUGAUAGAAAUGAGGGAAUACGAUGUCUUAUAAGAGACCCCCUUUUUUGUACGCUAGUUGGUAAUAUUUUGUAGGAAGAGCAGAGAAAAGGUUUCCUGCAAGGAACAUUUCAAGGGCAUUCUUUGUUGUAUUAACCUUUCCCCAGAAUUUUGUGGGAGAUCACCGGUGAUUUUCUGAGUGGAAGGGAUUUUUCCAAUGGAUCGUGAUGAUUGCGGGCAUGGCGAGUGUUGAAUGGGAGGCGAUUUUGUAUGAAUGUCAGUGCUUGCCGACUUCUUGCAUUUUGUGCAUUUCUUCGAUGUGUGUCGGAAUUUUCAAUGAUAAUUCAUUGUUUCAUGUGAGUUGGUAAUUGGAUCAAUAAAAAUCUUUUGCAGCUCCGCCCAGCGUAUCUCACAGAAAGUCCAUGAAAA